AUGGUGUUAAGGGGCACUGGAAUAUUCUUUUCACAAAAUUUGCUCUUUAUUAUGACCGGUAUUGUUAUUAGUUCAGUACGUAAUAUAAAAGCUAUACCGAUUGAUAAUUCUCUGAUAGAUGCUGAAAUAAUCAAUGAUUGUGUUACAAAUAAAACCGUUGAUUUAAUACUUGUAUUGGAUGGUUCCGGUUCUAUUGGUGAUGAAACUUUUGAAUUGCUUCUCGACUUUGCGGUUCAUAUUCUUCGACGGAUUAAUAUUACGGAGGGUGGUAAUCGAAUGGGUAUCAUUCAGUAUGCCGAAAAUCCUCAACUUGAAAUUACACUUAAUCAGUAUACUCAUUCCAAUCAGAAUCCGGUUAAACAACAAUAG